AUGGCUGACACACACAAUGUGACUGAAUUUAUUUUUCUGGGGCUUUCUCCUAAUCUGGAGGUGCAGAGAGUUUGCUUUGUGCUCUUUUUGCUGUUGUACACAGCAAUCGUGCUGGGGAAUUUCCUCAUUGUGCUCACUGUUAUCACCAGCAGCAAUCUUGCUUCCCCCAUGUACUUCUUCCUCAGUUACCUGUCCUUUGUGGAGAUCUGCUACUCUUCUACCACUGCCCCUAAACUUAUUGCAGACUUGCUGGCUGAAAGGAAAGCCAUAUCUCGAUGGGGCUGCAUGACACAGCUUUUCUUCAUCCACUUCUUUGGGGGCACCGAGAUUUUCCUGCUCACUGUGAUGGCCUAUGAUCGCUAUGUGGCCAUUUGCAAGCCCCUCAACUACAUCACCAUCAUGAACCGGCAACUGUGUGCUAUCCUCGUGGGAAUAGCAUGGGUGGGUGGCUUUGUACAUUCCUUUGCCCAAAUCCUUCUUGUGUUCCACUUACCCUUCUGUGGCCCCAAUGUGAUUGACCAUUAUUUUUGUGACCUGCUGCCUCUGCUCAGACUUGCCUGUGCUGACACUUUGCUCAUUGGUCUGCUGAUUGUUGCCAAUGGGGGAACACUGUCUGUGAUUAGCUUUGUAGUUCUCUUAGCUUCUUAUGUGGUUAUUUUGCUUCAUUUGAGGACUCGAAGCUCUGAGGGGCGGCGAAAGGCCCUGUCCACCUGUGGGUCUCACAUUACUGUGGUACUCUUGUUCUUUGGGCCCUGUAUCUUCAUCUAUCUGAGGCCUUCUACCACUCUGUCCGUGGACAAGAUGGUGGCCGUGUUCUACACAGUGAUCACCCCUCUCCUCAAUCCUGUCAUCUACUCCUUGAGAAAUGCCGAAGUAAAGAAGGCCAUGAAGAAGUUGUGGAUUAAGACAAUGAAACUGGAUGAGAAAUAG